AUGGUGAAGAGCACCGAACGCGUUUGCUACUAUGAGACCUUGGGCCUCGAACCCGUCUGCUCGAUGGAUGAUAUCAGACAUGCUUACCAUGAACUGUCCAAAAUAUACCACCCGGACAAAUACAACUCCAGUUGCGGUGUGCCAAAAGAUGAAGCCUCCGCCAAAUUUCUAGCAAUCAAAGACGCCUACGACAUCCUCAAAGAACCCCAUGAGCGAGCCUUCUACGACUCCUACCUCCAGACCUACGCUGUGCCAGAGGCUUUCAACCCCGACCUCGAAGCCGCCUUCGACAACAUCGACUUCAACGGCUACUCCGACUCCGGCCGCGGCUUCUAUAAGGUCUACUCCGAAGUUUUUGAAAGGAUUUACGCCAACGAGCGUGCUUUUCAAGAAAGGAAUGACCUGCCGUGGGGUUCUGUUCACAGCCCUCCGCGCAUGGGAAAUCUGGACAGCCCGUAUCCUGAGGUUGUUCAGUUUUAUAACUACUGGCUCAACUUUAGUUCCAUUAUGGAUUUUUGCUGGGAAGAACCUCAUGAUGAGUACGAUCUGAGUCAGGUCUCCCGCAGAAGAGUGAAGCUGUGGUCCCGCCAAAACAUGAAAGCUAGGAAGAAGGCCAAGAAGGAGUACAACAACAAGGUGCGGAGUUUGGCACAAAAUUCCAAGAGGCUUGACAGGAGGGUUAUGCAGAUGACGGCGAAGAGGGAGGAGGAGAGAAAGAGGGAGAUGGAAGAGGAGAACGAGAGGAGGAAGCGGUUAAAGAAAGAGAAGUUGGAGAAAGCGGCUAGGGAGUACGAGGAGCCGGAGUGGACCAAAGUGGUUGAGAGGAGGAGAAAAUAUGGUGAUCCUGAGGAGGAGAAGAUAAAGGAGAUAGAGGAAUGGGAGUGUGUUGUUUGUAGGAAGGGAUUUAGGAGUGAGAAGCAGUGCAGGAAUCACGAGCAGUCGAAGAAGCACCUUCGUAGGGUUUCAGAGUUAAUAGAGUUGCAAUCUAACCAUUGUGAAAUUGUUGUUGAGUCGAUGGAGGACAAGAGGGAUUACGAUGAGCUUGAUAAAGAAGAGGUUUCGGUGAAAGCAAAAGGGGAUGAAGUGGCUGGAGAGAGUGAUGAGUUUUCUGAUUGUGUCAGUGACAAUAGGUGGAAAAACUUUAGUGAAGCAGUUAAAUAUGAUGAGGAGGAGGAGGAGGAGGUUGUGGAUGAGAUGGGUGUUCUUCUAGCCAUGGUGGCAAAGCAAAAGACUAUGGAUAGAAAGGAACCAAAACCUGAUUCUAGAGUAGCAAAUGGAGAUGAUGAUGAAAUUCAGCAGAAAGGACGGAAAAAGAAAGGAUCGGAGGAGCAAGAAGAGUAA